CCCAAUCGUCCACCUCGUCUAGCCUCCCCCUUCCUUCCCAACAUUCAUUCAUCACUGCGGCAGCCAUUCCUGAAUCCUGACGAGUGAACUGUGUAGCUCAGCACCAGAACUCAAAUCCUAACUUGUUUCUUGCUUGAUUUUUGUUGUGGGUAUAGUAGCUCGGUCUCUGACUCUCCGCCGGAGGUAGCUAGAGUACACAUAAUAUAUCGGAUUCAAGCUGGUCGAUCAGCUAGCAGUUGAGAGAGAUAAGCUAGGCACUAUGGUGAACACGACGGCGUCGAUGGCGAACGGCGGCAAGGGGCUGCCGCUGGCGUCGCUGAACCACAUCAGCAUCGUGUGCCGGUCCGUGGAGGAGUCGCUCGACUUCUACAUGAACGUCCUCGGCUUCAUGCCCAUCCGCCGCCCCGGCUCAUUCGACUUCGACGGCGCCUGGCUGUUCAACUACGGGAUCGGCAUCCACCUGCUGCAAGCGGAGGACCCGGAGAGCUUGCCGGAGAAGACGGCUCGGAUCAACCCAAAGGAUAACCACAUCUCUUUCCAGUGCGAGAGCAUGGUGGCGGUGGAGCGGCGGCUGAAGGAGCUGGGGAUCGCGUACAUCCAGCGCUGCGUGGAGGAAGGGGGAAUCUACGUGGACCAGAUCUUCUUCCACGACCCGGACGGAUUCAUGAUCGAGAUCUGCAACUGCGACAACCUCCCCGUCGUCCCGCUCGCCGACAACACAUUCGCCAUGGCCGCCUGCAAGAAGCGACCCGUCGUCUCCUCCAAGCAGCAGCAGCCGAUGCCGAUGCCGGCCGCGCCGGCUCCGCCGGCGUGCAUGCCGUCGUCGGCCAACAAGGCCAUGCAGCUCGCCGGCGGCGAGGAGGCGCACAUCUCCUGCGCGUAAAUUGAGUUGAUGGCGAUUGGAACUUGGAAUGUAGCGAGCGAGCGAGCGUCCAUGAGUGAGUGAGGGAGUAUGUAGCUAGCUGUGGGUUGCCGGAAUGGUGGCGUCUCUGUAUAUGAUCGAGCGUAGCAGUGAUCAGUGAUGGAGCAGCAGCAUUGGUCCUAUUGCUCUGCUCCCUUUUGUGUACGAAUAAUUAUGUUAUUAUGAUCAAGGCGAGAAGAGUGCGCGGUUUAUAUUAUACCAUUCAUU